CAGUCGUUGCGGCGCUGUCUCUUCGAGCGCACGUAUUUUGUCUCUCAGUCAGCUGAACGAACGUUUCGUCGAAUUCCGAUACGCGGCCGCAUGCUAUCUCGCUUGUGCGCACAGCAGCAAGGCGAAUACGAAUACAAAUACCUGUAAACGAGCGCGUUCGUGUGCAUGGCUUGUGCGAGAGUGUGUGAGUGAAAAGUCGCAACUAGGAAAAUUGUGCAUGAAAAAAUCGGGGAAAAUCUUUGUGUUAAAACCGAAUGCGAUGAAACAAAUAAUGCGUUUACAAUUGUGUCAAAUACUGAAACUUAGUAACGUGUAGCACAAGCAACAAACAACAUCAGAAUCAUUUGUACAACAGAUUUCCGUAAAUAUUCUCACAUCACUAGGAAUCAACGUAUUGCACGGAAAAAUCGAUCCGAAUAUAUUGUGCUAAAACGGCCAAAAUUAUAAGACUUGUCUGCCGACGCCGGAGCCGCAGCCUCAAAACAAAAAAGUAGAAAUACGUGAAAAAUAUAAAGCAAAUAUAUAAUUAAAUCAAGAGCUAGAGAGAUAAGUUAGUAAAAGUUGUUGUGAGAGGCGAGUUGAAAAGUGAAUUACGUUAAUAGUUACAAAAAAAAACGCGCAAUAAGUUUUGUAAAGCAACAGCCGCUGCAACAAGACAGCAACAACAACAACAAUAAUAAUCAUAAUAGCUGUAAUAAUAACAACAACAACAAGAGGGCGCUUAGUCAUCCGUGUGAGUUACGCCAGCGCAGUUCCAGUUCCAGCUUUUGGGUAGUACGAAGUGCAAGACACUCAACAAAAUAAAAAAUAGAAAAUAAAACAGAGCUGCUCAGAUAGAUAGCAGCGAAUUUGUGACUUGACUGGUAAAUAAUUACGAAUUACAAGCAACGAAUUGUGCCCACGCCUACGCUCUGCUACGCUACUGAUUUCAAUAGCAAACAAGAACAACAACUCAUCAACUAACAACAACAACAACUACAGCGUAGUAACCUGUUGUGGACUUUUGUUGUUCACCUUUCGCCAUCUAAAAACGGUCAGAUCUAGACGCAGAUACAACCACAUACACACAAAUUCAAAUAGAUACAGAUACAAUUGUGGAAAGAGACAGAGAGAGAGAGAGAGAGUGCGCGCAUUGAGCUUACAACAAGCAAACAAAACGUAGUUAAGCCCGCGGCACACCUGUUUGCAGUAGUCAUUAUAGCCCAAUUGUGCUACCAACAACGCAUCAAACACAAUUAACAAUAAACAACAAACAUGUCGCGCCUAACGGAAGAAAUGGUUGUUGCCCGUUCCAAGCAAUCCGAUUUGGGAAUGAUUAAAAAGCUCAAUUGCUGGGGCAGUGAUCUCAGCGAUGUGAACAUAAUCAAACGAAUGCGUGGUGUUGAAGUCUUGGCGCUUAGCGUGAACAAGAUCAGCACUUUGGAACCAUUUGAAGACUGCCUGAAACUACAGGAGCUGUAUUUACGCAAAAACAAUAUACAAAAUCUCAAUGAAAUUAGCUAUUUGCAAAAUCUGCCAGCGCUCAAGUAUCUGUGGCUGGAGGAGAAUCCCUGCUGCGAUCGUGCGGGACCAAACUAUCGCGCGAUUGUGUUACGCGCUCUGCCCAACCUCAAGAAAUUGGAUAAUGUGGAGGUCACACAGGAGGAGCUCGACGAUGCAUUGCGAGGCGGAGGCGGCGAGACGCAUGCCACCGAAGACGAUGUCUAUGAAGAUGCCUAUGAGGCGCGACAACAGCAGCAACAACAACAACAACAACAGCAGCAGCAACAUCAGCAGCAGCAACAGCAACGCGUUUCACCGCAACAGCAGCAUUCACCGCAACAGCACAUGCAACAAUCACCGCAACAGCCAACACAUCACUCACCGCAGCAACAUCAACACCAACAGCAGCCACAGCAACAUCAACAGCGUCGCAGCUCGAGUCCCAUGAAAGAGCCGCCACAAUUAGCAAGUCCGCUUGCCAAUAACUUGGAUGGAAGUGUAACCAAUAAUAUCACCGAUUUAUAUAGUAAUCAAGUGCAAAACUCAAUGCCCCCCACACCCACAAAGGAACCCGCGCACCCGCCAUCGCCCAAAUAUAACACCAUUACUAAAGAGCAACGCACUUCCUUUCAUCAAUAUGAUCACUCACCGGGCUCCGAUCAGGAGAGCCCGCAUGUUGGUUACCGGGAGGUGCGUCCAACGCCUCUGCCGCCCAGCAUAUCCACACACUCGAUGAAGGAAUACUAUCAGUCGGAUCGUCAACCAUAUCCAGCACACUAUCGUCACAGUCAAACCGAUCUGACUGAAUGGGAGGAGCAUCAACAGCAUCAGGCACCUCAGGUUCAUCACAAUCCCUACGGCAGUCAGAUGCAGUUGCAUUAUCAGCAGCAGCCACAGCAGCGACGUAGCGCGGGUCCCGAGACCGGAGAGCGUUACGCCUAUCGGAAUGGAAGUGCUCGGGAGAAUGGGGGAGAGUGGGAGGAAGAGCGACCCCGAUCCAGCAGCAGACGUCCCGAGGGUCGCUACAGCGAUUCGGUCAGCAAUGUGUCAGCAAAUGUCUUGAAUCACUUCUCCGGUUGUCAUCGAAGACCUGUUAAUAGGAACUCCAAUCUGCUGUCGGCCACUUUGUGCCUGGUCAAGGAGCUGGACUAUAGCAGUCUGGAGGUGCUGGAGCACGCUGUGCGCUGUCGGAUCGAUGAAAUGGCGGGCGAAUGAUGAAGACGUCUAUCUAAUCGGAUGUCGAUUAGCUGAUUCUCACAACACGCCUGAAAGGCACUCGAAUAAAGACCACAACACGCAACCAUAAGAAAGACAAAUUUUGGGAUAUUAAUGGAAAGAGGAAGAAAAAACGAACUCACGUUAACAUUAACUAAACGAAACAACAAACAAAAUACUUUAACUUAUACUUGCCAAUUGUAACUGUAACUUAACUUUUAUAAGUAACAAAUUUUGCUAACUGAAUUAUGGGGAAAGAAAAUAUUAUGAGAAAUGUAACAUAGUAUAAACUACAAACUCAACUCAACGCAUAUGCUAUAUCGAUGUUUGUUAAUGAAAUAAUAUGUUCGUUAUCCUAGCGUA